AUGACAGAGGAGCAGAAGGUGGAGCGUCGCGAGCGCAAUCGAGAGCAUGCAAAGCGCUCCCGUGUCCGCAAGAAGUUCUUGCUAGAGUCACUGCAAAAAAGCGUGAACGCCCUCCAGGAGGAGAACGACAAGCUUCGGGGAGCGAUCCGGAGCCACCUGAAGGAGGGCGCGGAUGACUUGCUCAAGACUUGCGAGGUGGAGGUGGAUGAGUCCAUUCUGGCCUCGGACCCUUGCUCGGCCACGAAGAUCCUGGACGACCCGGACUACACGCUCGUCAAGGCGCUACAAACGGCGCAGCAGAACUUCGUCAUCACCGACCCGACGCUGCCUGAUAACCCCAUCGUGUACGCCUCGGGCGGGUUCCUGAGUCUGACGGGCUACCAGAUGGACCAGAUCCUGGGCCGGAACUGCCGCUUCCUGCAGGGGCCGGACACCGACCCGGCGGCGGUGGACAAGAUCCGCCGCGCCAUCGAGGAUGGAACGGACGGGAGUGUCUGCCUUCUGAACUACCGGGCGGAUGGCUCCACCUUCUGGAACCAGUUUUUCAUCGCGGCGCUUCGGGGAGCGGACGGGAACAUCGUGAACUACGUGGGGGUCCAGUGCAAAGUGAGCGAGGAAUACGCCUCGGAGGUGUUGAAGAAGGAGGCAACAUCCUCGACGGUGGCGGAAGCCUCCUCCAAGCGCUGA